AUGCCCCAACUCAUCGUGACCUUACUACGUGCUAAUAAUUUGCCUGUAGCUGACACUUUCAUCCAAGGAAGUGCAAGUGACCCAUUUGUAACAUUUCAGAUCGAUGAUGAAUACGUACGUUCAUCAUGUGUAAGUGGAACACUAAAUCCCGUGUGGCAACCGGCCGAGACGUUUGAGUUUGAAGUACCGUAUACAUCGCGAAACAGUGAGCGUCACUUGGUGAUUCAAGUUGUUGAUAACGAUAGCUUUAAGACGGAUGAGUUGAUUGGAGUAUUGAGUCUUCCAUUAUCGAUUUUUGAAGCACGACCUAAUGAAGCAGUUGUCGAGACAUAUGACCUUCAAGUGCCAGAAUCAUUCAAUCCACAAGAAUCGAAAUCAUCCGACGAAAUGAAACAGAAGACAACGAUUCAAUUGGAUAUUUGCUAUGAAAAGGAGACAGAUGGCCAAAAGACACUGUAUGUGUGGGAGAAUGAAGACUAUCGAGAUGGUAAGUGGACACCUUCGCAUAAUAACGAACGUCGUCAUUGGAGUUCUUUUGACUUGCAGACAUCAUCCGACAAUUUUGAACAUGUGGCACCACAAAUACCUCAAGGACUGGAAGGAGCUGGAUGGGCCUAUUCGACCAAAAAAGGCGACGAACAUGGAUGGGUCUAUGCCAGCACUUAUACGGGACCUUGGGCGCCCAUGUCAUCGACUGGGUGCUACGCCCGUCGCCGUUUAUGGCAAAACAACUGCCGCCCUGCAGUUGCGUGCGAGUGA